AUGACGUCAUCGAUAGCUCUGCUGCUGGCGCUCUUCGUCUUGAGCGGACAAGGUGAUCAAACUUUUCAUUUUACCUAAUUUCCUGUUAAAAAUGAUAAAAAUGAUCCAGUUUCAAGGCUUUUUAGUUGCUUAUUUCAACUUCCUCACUUUUUUAAAAUUGUUUCCAAGGAUUUUAAAGCUUUCUGAAUUUUAAUUUUCAGUGAAAAUUCAGCCCCUUCAAUUUUUUUUUCCUGUUGAAUUUUACUCUUUUUCGUUAUUUUAAUCAUUUUCUGAGCUAAAAUUGGUUGUUUCCGGGUUAUUUUCCGAUUUUUGGGGUCCAAAGUACUCUGAAAACCAAACCUAUCGAUUUAUUACAUUGUAAUGCCACGUGAAAAAUCAGCCUCUGGGUGCUGAUUUUGAGGAAAUUGUUUAUUUUCGGACUUUUCCCUAAUAAAGUAAAAUAAAUUGAUAACUGAAUGAUUAUUUUCAUAUAUUUCAGUGACCUAAAAAUCGAAAUUUUUUCAAAAAAUUGUAUAACUAUAACAAAAAAUAUUUCAAAAAGCUAUUUUUCGCUUCCCUGCACUGUCUACAGAUGUUUUAGUUCAAAAUUUAUGAAUUUUCCAAUUUUCAACACGGGAACGAGUCCGAAAACAGGCUAAAUUCCGUUUUUUAUCAAUGGAGCAACUUUGAUAAUCCUCCCGCAGGCUUUUUUCUCUACGAUUUCCAUUGUUAAUCAUCAUGAAUCACAAUAAUCAGCCUGACCAGAACCGGUUUUUUUUUGCGAAGGCGUUCGUCUAACACAAUUUUUGUUCUUCCUGACAGAAUUAAUUUUUUUUUUUGGUUUUGAAAAAUUUUGAAUAGUUUCUUUAAUAAUAAUGUUAGGUUUGGUGCUUCAUUCAAAAGUGGAUUUUUUUAAACAAAAAAAUAGAAUUUCUAGGAGAAAAUGAUUCAUGACUUGUACUUUGAAGCUUUGAAACUAACAUUUUUUUGAAAAUUACAUGUUUAUAACAGAAGUUUAUCACCUGACUUUUAACACCUGUUUUUUUUUUUUGAAUUGAAAAAAGGAUUGGAUUCCAAAGUGUCUCGUUUCUAUUAGAAAAUGUAUUCGAUCUCAAAAAAAGUUCUGGGAAUUCGUUUGAAACGAUUUUUCCUGUUUUGAAAUUGGAUCUGUUUGUUUUGAGGACAAUAUAUACAAAUCGAGUGAGGGUCAAAUGUUUAUUUUUGAGCCGGGAGAACGGGGAGCGCAAAUUCAGUUUUUCUCACUGGAAAUUGAAUGGAUUUUCAUUAGAAAAUUGUAUUUGUUUAUAUUGUUUUUUUCUAGGAAGAUUCACUCAUAUUAACUUUAAUCUUUCUUAGGACCUUUAGAAUCACUUAAGUUUUCCCUUUGAGUUGCUAUAAAUAUUUUUGAGCCCAUUUUUUCCUCAUUCCUCCUAGUCCCUUCUAAAAGCCCAAAAACUUGACCAGAAGCCUCUUGGAAAAAAUUUUAAUUGAACAAACAGAUUGACCGGCCGCUAGCGGGUAUCCCAUUUCGGACUAUUUGUCUUCCAUGCCUAUAUAUGGGCUUUAUCCUUCCGAUUUGACACAUUUCCUUCAGAUUUUUGGAGAGGGGGAUGAAAUGUGUCAGAAACUGACUAGGGAAAGUUUUUUACCCCCCGGUUGAACUUUUGCUGAAACUUUGCUAAAGUGUACUUUAAGAACCCCUGAUUCCAGAACAAGAAGAAAAUUUAUCGCAAUAGAUCUUGUUUUCGAGUUAUGGAGCUUCAAGUGAAAAACGUUCCCUAGUGAGAGGAAUCUUCAAAAAUUGCUGAACUCUUUUCAAGAUCUGAUAAAAAUUUCUGAUUUUUUUUCCGAUUUCUGAUCUUUUAAUGAGAUAAAACAUACAGGUUCUUCUCGAAAAAGUAUGAAAAUCCCGAAAAAUAGAAAAUAUUUUUUCCUUUCCUUUCUUUAGUUCGAACCACUCAACCCAACAAAACCGAAGAUUCAGAAAAUCGUUCGGAUGCCCUACCAGAUCAAACAGAAAAACUCAAAUAAAAGUGAUUGGUCCAAGAAGAAACCAACUGAACUUAUGAACCAUUCAACUAGGGGAUUUUUUUGCCUCUGACUAGAGAACUUUUUUUUCACAGAAAUUUCUUUCAAUAUAUCUCUUUUCGAGUUACUCAAGUACAAUAUCAAUCAUGAAAUGCUGUCUCACUUUAGAAGUUCGGCUGAAAACUUACUUCAUCGAAGGUUGAGCUUGACAUUUACCUCACUAGAUAGGGGUUAAAAAAAGUUUCCCUAGUGGAUAUAGAUAAGUAGAGGGGGGUAAAAUGUCACUGAAUCUAGGAACAUGUUCUCUUCUUCCACAAGAGAUGAAUUCGAAACCAGAAUUAUCCACCCAAAAAGUUGCAGUCAAUGGACGAUCGGUGCCCUGCCUGGACGGCUGCACCUGCGACAAGAACGACGACGACCCGGUGAUUCGGUGCGACAACGUCGGACUCAAGCGAUUCCCGUUGCCGUCGACCCCGAUGCGUGGUUAUCACUUUAUGGGUCCGUAUUUCUUGACCAUGCUUACACAUCUAACCUACCAAAAUGUCUUCAAGUUCCGUAUUUAUCCCCUUAAGGAGCUCCAGUUUGACUACACCCCCUUGAAACUUAAGCAGACUCUGUUUCAGCCCAAUAGUUUCAAAAUUAGGAAAAGCUCUAAAUUUACUAUUCUGAAAGGAACAGCCAUCAACAACCUUCUUUUCCAGCCCUAACCUGCAACGACAUUCCCGAAAUCCCAUCGCUCAGCCUCAUCAAGGCGGCCUUCCCCGACCUUCAGGUACUUAGUAUUGCUCAUCUUAACUCCUCAUUACUCAGGGUAUCGACGUGCAAGGCAACGCUCGGCUGAACUGCUCGACGUUGGGCAACUUGGAGAAAUGAGAUUCCGCUCCUCAGCGACUGCAUGCACACCUCGGAGCCUCUUCAGUGCGACAAGCCCGAUGACGUCAGUAUCUUAGUUUGUCACUAAUGACGUCAUUUUAUUUAAGGGCUGUGACUGGAAGUGCCGAACGCUCGGAAAACUCAAGGAGCUGUGGGCUCGUCUGAAGGCCGCCGUCAGCAAGAAGAUCAAGGACUGGGGAGCUGAAGAGGUAUAUAUUUAGUGAGAGAGUGGAGAAAGGAGAGAGCCUGCAGGCAGAGAUAAUUGUCUACGUCUCGUUUACUUUCCACACUUUCUAGCUGUUGUCCUGAGAGAACAGGAGAGCGCAGAAAUUCAAAGUUUAGACAGUGUGAAAAAUAGAGAGACACAGAUUUCUCUCUUCAUUCUACACACUCUAACUUUUCUCGUUAUAGGAACUAGAUGAAGCUUGUUUUGUCUAACCGUCUGCGAUCUCCUGUUACCCAUUCUCUCUAUCAUAGAGUAUAGGGAAAAAAGAUAAGAGAGGGCAGACGGUGAGACAGUUUCUUGACGUCAAAUAAAUUUUAAGACUUCUCGGUUAGCCUAAGGCGAGAGAUAAGAGACUUUUUUCUCUGCGUCUCUCAAAACCCCGCGAUCUCUUACUCUUGCUUUUUUUCACUGUUGAGUGUGUGACUGAUUUUUUUUUUCAAUCAACUCUCCAUAACCUGAGCAACAAUGAGUAAUUUUCAGACGGUCGCCGACGUCUCCAACUGGUUCUCUAACCAAUUCGAGAAGCUCUCCGUGGCUUUUGGGAAUUUCUCGGCCAAGCACCGCGAUUAA